AUGGAGUCCCACCCCAUUCGUGACAGAGACCAUCACGACAUCUUCUCGCGGCUGCUGAAGGAGCGCAUCGUAUGCCUCAACGGCGAAGUCGACGAAACUACCUCCGCAUCCAUCGUCGCGCAGCUGCUCUUCCUCGAGGCCGAUAACCCCGAGAAGCCGAUAAACCUUUACAUCAACUCACCCGGCGGGUCGGUCACCGCAGGCCUCGCAAUCUACGACACAAUGACCUACAUCCGCAGUCCCAUAACGACCAUCUGCAUAGGCCAAGCCGCCUCGAUGGGAUCCCUCCUCCUCUGCGGCGGCUCCCCGGGCCAGCGCUUCUGCCUCCCGCACUCCAGCGUCAUGAUCCACCAGCCGAGCGGAGGCUACUUCGGCCAAGCAUCCGACAUCGCGAUCCACGCAAAGGAGAUUCUGCGCGUGCGGCACCAGCUGAACCAAAUCUACCAGCGGCAUAUGACCAAGGAGAAGAGCCUGGACGAGAUUGAGAAGUUGAUGGAGCGGGAUUAUUUCAUGGGUGCGAAGGAGGCGCUGGAGCUGGGGAUUGUGGAUCGGAUUUUAGACAGGAGGGAGGUUGGGGGGGAGGGGAAGGAGGGGAAGCUCUAG